AUGACAGACAAAGCCGCUAGAGAGGAGGGAGCGGUAGCUGUGACCGACCUGCUGGAAAGACUGCUGGAACAUUGGGCAGAAGAAUCCUUACAGCCAAACUCGCCGAUCAACCUAAUCGAAUUCCUCCACAAGUCGGAUGAGGCAGACACUUUGGCCUUUGACGACUUGGGAACGGCGCCCGUUGAGAUGGAGGAUGACUACCCCGAGGUCCAGGACCCGUUAUUAGAAAUAAAUGUGGGAACCGCCCCCGAACCAUGGCCUCUUUUCGUAAGCCAGUUUUUGAGCCCUGAAUUAGCCGUCGAGAUUAUCGGCCUGCUUCAUGAAUAUAAGGAUUAUUUUGCUUGGGUUUAUCAUGAGAUGCCUGGAUUACCAAAAAGUUUGGUUGAGCACGAACUAAAAAUUAGGGAGGGGUUUAGGCCUUUCCAACAGCCGCCGAGGCGAUUCUCGACCGAAGUACAACUUAAGGUCAAAGAGGAAAUUGAACGGCUCCUUGAAGCCGGCUUCAUCCGCACGGCUCGGUACGUUGAGUGGCUGGCUAACAUUGUACCGAUGUUGAAAAAGACUGGGGCUUUGAGGGUCUGCACCGACUAUAGAAAUCUAAACCUCACGACCCCCAAGGAUGAGUAUCCCAUGCCUGUGUCCGACCUCCUGGUGGACGGAGCCGCGAAGCGCGAGCUCUUUUCUUUCAUGGACGGCCACGCUGGCUACAACCAAAUCUUCAUAGUCGAGGAAGAUGUCCAAAGGACGGCGUUCAGAUGUCCAAGCGCAAUCGGGACUUAUGAAUGGGUAGUCAUGCCAUUCGGCCUGAAGAACUCCGGCGCAACGUACCAACGAGCUAUGAACCUUAUUUUUCACGACUUAAUUGGCCGAACGGUCGAAGUCUACAUCGACGACAUUGUUGUAAAAUCCCCAUCCAAAGCCGACCAUGUGGGGCAUCUCCGACAAGCUUUCAAUUGCAUGCGGGCACACGGCCUAAAGACGAACCCUAAGAAAUGUGCUUUCGGCGUCACCGCCGGGAACUUUCUCGGCUUCUUGGUCCACCAACGGGGGAUCGAGGUAGAUAAGAGUAAAGCCACGGCCAUCAUGACGGCACCCCCGCCGAGGACCAAAAAGGAACUCCAGUCUUUCCUCAGUAAGGUCAACUUUUUAAGGCGGUUCAUAUCCAAUUUGGCGGGAAAAAUCCGGCCAUUGACUACUUUGCUCAAACUGAAAGACACGGAACGGUUCGUGUGGGGGGCAGAACAUCAAGUGGCCCUCGACGACAUCAAGCAAUAUUUAUCUCAACCGCCAGUCCUUAUGCCGCCGAAAAGAGGAAAACCCUUUAGGCUUUACAUUUCGGCUUCAGAAGGCUCUAUCGGUUGUCUGCUGGCCCAGAACAACGAAUUUGAGCGAGAGCAAGCAGUGCAUUAUCUGAGCCGCACCCUCAACAUGGCCGAGCUAAACUAUUCACCAAUCGAGAAAUUUUGCUUGGCACUUUAUUUCGCGGCUACCAAGUUGCGCCAUUAUAUGCUUCCUUCGGUCGUUCAGAUCAUCUCCAAAACCGACCUCAUCAAAUACAUGCUUACUCGGCCGAUCAUACGCGGCCGGAUUGGGAAGUGGACGAUGGCAUUGUCCAAAUUCACCUUCCAAUAUGUGGCCCAGAAGUCGGUCAAAGGCCAGGCAUUGGCCGAUUUCUUAGCCCACCACCCAGCUCAGGGGCAAGAGGGGGAGUUGGAGGUUGAGAUCGGCAUGACCCACAUGGAGAAAAACUACUGGACCAUGUACUUCGAUGGCUCCAGUACCGAGACCAGGUCGGGGGCCGGGGUCGUGAUCGAAUCCCCCCAAGGACAAAGGCAGAAUAUGAAGCACACCCUGCCGACUUUGGCUGAGCGGGGAAUGACCGCGCAGGUAUCAUCAGCUGAGAUUACCAACGAGGUCGAAGCAGCCGAAACCGACUGGCGCUACCCGAUAGUAAAGUAUCUGCGCGAGCCCUCCGGCAACCAUGAAAGGACUACUCGCUUCCAAGCUCGGUGUUAUUUUAUUUAUCAGAACGAGCUGUACCGAAAAGGAUCAGACGAUUUAUUGCUCCUAUGCCCCAGCACCGAAGAUAUCAAGGUUAUCAUGGUCGAAUCCCAUAAAGGGAUUUGCAGCGCUCACCAGUCCGGCGUUAAGAUGAGGUGGUUGGUCUGGAGGCACGGCUAUUAUUGGCUGACCAUUUUAAAGAACUGCAUAGAAUAUGCAAAGGGGUGCAUCAAGUGUCAAAUCUACGGCCCCAUACAAAGGGUACCGGCUGACGCCCUCCACCCGGUUACUAAACCUUGUCCGUUCAGAGGAUGGGCCGUGGAUAUCAUCGGCAAAAUCCACCCGACUGCGUCCAACCAGCACGCCUAG